AUGUAUUUAAUACAGUCCUGGGCUGCCGUAUCGCUAUCUCCUCCGGAAAAUGGAGAUAAAAAGGCAAAUAACGAAGGGAACAGUCCCGUUUUUUCGGACAUUCCAGAAGUUUACUUCACAAACAAGUCUUUCGUAUGGUUAGAUAACCGAGAAAAUGAGCUAGAAAAUCGAUUAGAAAAGCUUAACAAGAUUUUGUCAGAAAUUAAGGAAGAAAAGAUACAAAAGAUCAAAGACAAUGUGGCGAAAUGGCAGUCGAAGUACGAGAAACGUUUAUUAGAUCUGGAGCAGUCAAUGUUAAAUUUCGAGAAGAAAUGCAAGUAUGAGAAGGUUGAUUUAAAUGAGCAGAUUAGCCGUGUCGAAGAGAUGUCUGACACGAAUGUUGCAGUUAGACAGCGCAUAGAGAAGAAGUUGGUAGCAUAUGGUGCCAAGUUAAAGUCUGGACAAAAUCAAAGAUUUCUUACUGUGAUCGUAAACAUGCUCCGAGGAUUAUUAUACUACAUGGCUCAGUUUCGGGACACCUUUUUGGACAUGAAACAUAUUUCUACGAAUGUGAAAGAC